GUUUUUUACAUGAUAAAACUGCCAAACAGCAGAAAAAAGCGCGAAUUGAAGCUCUGCUUAACCUUCGUAUCACAUUGAAAAAUAUCUCUCUCAGUGCUUCUAUACAGAAAUAUAAAGAAAGCUUGCCAUUCUGCAUCGAACUGUCAAAGUGUAGACACACAAAAAAUUUAACUUAUUCAAAUUCAGCAAAUUCUAAGGAAAAUACUUAAUCAUGUCGAAGAUUGGAAUUAACGGUUUCGGACGUAUUGGACGUUUGGUUCUCCGUGCUGCCUUAGAAAAGGGAGCUCAAGUCGUUGCCGUCAACGAUCCAUUCAUCAAUGUUGAUUACAUGGUUUAUAUGUUCAAAUUUGACUCAACCCACGGACGUUUCAAGGGAGAAGUUAAGGCUGAAGAUGGAAACCUCGUCAUCAAUGGAAACAAGAUUGUAGUUUUCCAAGAACGUGACCCAAAGAACAUUGCAUGGGCUAAGGCUGGAGCUGAAUAUGUCGUUGAAUCCACUGGUGUUUUCACAACCAUCGACAAGGCAUCUGCUCAUUUUGAAGGAGGCGCAAAGAAGGUCGUUAUCUCAGCUCCAUCAGCUGAUGCACCAAUGUUCGUUGUCGGUGUCAACUUGGAUGCUUAUAAUCCAUCAAUGAAGGUCGUUUCAAAUGCCUCAUGCACAACUAACUGCUUGGCUCCACUCGCUAAAGUCGUCCAUGAUAACUUUGAAAUUGUUGAAGGUUUAAUGACAACAGUUCAUGCUACCACAGCUACACAAAAGACUGUUGAUGGACCAUCAGGCAAAUUAUGGCGUGAUGGACGUGGUGCUGCUCAAAACAUUAUUCCAGCAUCAACUGGUGCAGCAAAGGCUGUCGGUAAAGUUAUUCCAGCAUUGAAUGGUAAAAUUACCGGAAUGGCUUUCCGUGUCCCAACACCUGAUGUUUCAGUCGUUGACUUGACUGUUCGUCUUGCCAAACCAGCACCAAUGGCUGAAAUCAAGAAGAAGAUCAAGGAAGCAGCUGAUGGUCCAAUGAAGGGAAUUUUGGGAUAUACCGAAGAAGAAGUUGUCUCAUGCGAUUUCACAAGUGACACACACUCAUCAGUCUUUGAUGCCCUUGCCGGUAUUUCAUUGAAUGAUCACUUUGUUAAGCUUAUCUCAUGGUACGAUAACGAAUUCGGUUACUCACAUCGUGUUGUCGACCUCAUCAAGUACAUGCAAUCCAAGGAUUAAAUUUAAAUCCCAUCUAUUUUAUCAACACAACAAUAACAUCCGUAUGCAGAUUCUUUAAAAGUGAUUGAUGACUACCCAAAUAUCUAAUAUUGCUGCUACAAUUUAUAGGCAUAUUAUUAUAGAUUUCCUCUUUAAUAGCCGUUUAUGAAUUUUAAUUAAAUAUCACAACAAAUAUUGAUUAUCCAAAAAAAUGUUUGCAAAAUCUGAUGUCAUCAAUUGUAACUAGAUUUUAAGGCAUAAUUAUUAAUUUUUAAGGAAAUAAAUACAUCGUUCUGUGAAGCAGUUAC